CGUCUGCUGACUCUUCGCCAUGAUCUCUUCUUGAUAUGUGGAGGAGAAGAACGCACCAUGAGCAAAGAACCAGCGUAUCCUCGUUCUAAGCAAACCCAAGAAAUCGCCAGCGCUUUGUCACCUGCGCGCACACAUCAGAGAAAUUCAAUCUUCUCACCAGCAAACGCGUCAACAGCUCCUUACUUCUCGUCAUCACAGCAUAGACCAUCUGCUAUGGUUCAACAGCCCGGAAUGCCGCCCAUGCCUACGGGUCCACAGUAUCCUAAUGCGUCUUCCUAUGCUGGUUAUGCUUCCACUCCUCCACCAUCUGCUCCCGGAGUGCCUCCACUCUCUGGAUAUCCACCAACGUCCAUGCAGUCAAUGUAUAACCAAGCACCUUCCGUACCCGGGUUCAACCCAGUCCCAACGCCUUUGGCGCCACCUCCGAUUGCACCAAUAGCACCUAUGGUACCAGCUCCACCAAUGCCACCUUCAGCAGCUCCAAGCUCUUAUAGUAAUUACACGUCUUAUUCACAACCAGCUAUGCCUGCUCCAACCAGGACAAUGACUCCAAUCCAAAGCUAUGCACAUCAUUUACAGGAUCGUCCAAUGUCUACAGUUUCGGUAGCAUCUAGUGGCGGAGGUUAUAAUGAUCCAGGGGUGAAUUGGAAACCUCUAGAAGCGGCACCAGUAACUCUGCCAAAUGGUCUUCCUGGAGUAAUCAGUGGAGCACCAAUGAGACCACCGUCCACGGCUCCUUCACUUCAUCAACACGAACAUCAUGAGGCUCCACAAGUGAGUCUGUCGGCCGAAGAUCAGGCGAUAAUGGAUAGGUUCUAUCACCUGAUUGAAGCUGUAAUUUCAGUGAAUCGAACGCCGGUAAGUAAUCUUGUUCUCAGGUUAAUCACUUAG